AUGGCGAAAGGCGACAAGCGGGAGUCCAAGAAGGCGCGCUCGGGCAGCGUAGAGAAGCUAGCUGUCGCGACGCCCAACGAGCCGGCCAAGCAGCGCGUGUACGUCCAGCUGCGCUUCGACGACCCGGCACUCGUGGCCUAUGCUAGCUCUGUGAGACAGCAGUGGCAGACGACGACGCAAUGGAGCGCCGACGUAGCCGUGACGCCGGCCAUUGUCCUUGUCGAAGCCGACGUAAGCUCCGACACGCAGCUCCACGCAUUGCAAUCGCUCUUGGCAAGCUACGCCAUGCCGAUGCCCGCCAUCGAUGCGAGCUGCCGGCUCCAAGUGCAAAACUCGCCCAACGUGGCGGGCAAGCGAUUGAGCCUCACGCUGCAGUUCUCGGACGUGUUCAAGACGUUCUUGGCCAAGACGGGCAAUACGCUGCAGCUCAAGCUCCAGAGCCUCGGUAUCAAAUCGACUCUCAAGUGUGAACUCGGCAAGAAGGGCCCGCGCGACGCGAUUCUGUGGGCACUCGACGAGACUUCGCCACGCAAGACCCUCCAGAAUGAGAUCCAAGAGACGAACCGGCAGCCAUUCACGACACCAGUGGCGCUCUCGACCUUGAUGGUCUCGACCCCGAACGCGAUCCUCUCCAUCGCGGCGCAUGUCUCGUUUACGAGCCACCAAGUGGUCAUCUUGCGCGGUCUCCCCGGCAGCGGCAAGAGCACGCUCAGCCGGCGCGUUCUCGCCAUGGCGACGGCAGCCGACGCAACCAACGUGCUUUGCAGCGCCGACCUCUGCUUCGAGUCGCCCGGUGGGUACUACUACGAGAAGAGCAAGCUUGGCGAUGCCCAUACCGCCUGCAAAGAGGCGUUCCACGCCGCGCUUGCUGACAAGGUGGCCGUCAUCGUUGUCGACAACACGCAUUCGCAGUUGUGGGAGUACGAGGCGUACGUGACAGGCGCGCUGGAGGCCGCGUACGCUGUCACGGUGCUGGAAGUGCAAUGUGACGACAUGGCGAUGGCCCAACGGAUGAUGUACCGCAAUUCGCACGGUGUGUCGUUCGAUGUGAUCGCGCGCAUGCACCAGCGAUGGGAGGCGCAUGUGCACGCAUUGACGCGCCACGUGCUACUGCCACCCGUCUUUACGACCAGUGACAACCGACGGGCACUGCCGCUAUUGCUCACUGAGACCAACGACGUGUAUAUUGCAGCGGUCUUCUUGACGCCAACGUCCAAGGCCAAGCUCCUCGAGCGGAUUUCGCCCAAGCACAAGACGAUCGUGGCCGAGCACAUGACGCUUGCAUUUCAACCGUCGACCGCGUACACGGAUGCGCUGCCGCUUGGCGCGCCGUGCCGCCUUCGCGUGCUCGCCGAGUACGCAGACGCCCGCGGCCACUGCGUGCGCGUCGAGUGGGCGUCGACGCCAGUGCCGACCGAGGGCCAGCGCGUGCUGCACGUCACCGUGUCGUUCGAGCCCGACGUCUCGGCCGUCUACUCGAACGACCUGCUCGCCGAUGCGAACGCCUCGAUCGUCGACGUGACGAGUGAAAACCUUAUCUUGGACGGCGUGGUGGGACUGGCCUUGCGCCCCCAGUCGGGGCCGCGAUGGGCCAAGCCGCAGCUGCUUGAGCUACCCGCAGGUGUGCCCGAGGCGCGUCGGCAUCGGCAGCUCACGCUGUUGCGAAGCCCGUCCGACACGGCGCCGGACAUCGACGGCAUCAUCUCGACCCUGGAGCGUGUGGCCGAGCGGGGCAAUCACCUCGCCGUGCAUGCGCCAUCGAGUCUUGUCAAGCAGCUCGAGGCACGUGGCAUUGUCUUUCACACAGCACUCGACACGCGCCAUCCGUGGCCACAAAGUGUGCAGACCCUUCUUGGCACGACGCUCCACUCUAUCACCAACGUGGUUGUCGUCGUCACGACGAAUGUCGACGUUGAGACGCUGCCGUCAACAUCGGUGCCCAUAGCUGUGCACGCGACCUCGUCCACCGCAGCGCUGCCGUCGCUGAGCCGACGCGUCUUUGAUGCUGAGAUCCUCGCACACGUGCGCGUCGCGUGGAGCCGCGUGCGCCCACGAUAA